GGCAUAAGGGCUUUGGUGCAACCGGGAACAGCUGGGGGGGCCCCAUCAUGGCUUCGGACCACCAAGCUUCGAAACAGCAGCAGGCUGCCUCCAAGAUUGUCAUCUUCGAGCAGGAAAACUUCCAGGGCCGCUGCCAUGAACUGACUGCUGCCUGUACCAAUUUGAAGGAGGCCGGUUUGGAGAAAGUCGGUUCCGUCCUGGUGCACUCAGGCCCGUGGGUUGGCUACGAGCAGCCCAACUGGAAAGGGGAGCAGUUUGUCUUUGAGAAAGGGGAAUAUCCCCGCUGGGAUUCCUGGACCAACAGCCGGAGGAGCGACAACAUCUCUGCCCUGAGGCCCAUCAAAGUGGACAGCCAGGAGCACAAGAUCGUCCUCUACGAGAACCCCAGCUUCACCGGGAAGAAGAUUGAGAUAAUCGAUGAUGACGUGCCCAGCUUCCACGCUCACGGCUACCAGGAGAAGGUCUCCUCUGUGCGGGUGCAGAGCGGCACGUGGGUAGGGUACCAGUAUCCCGGCUAUCGAGGCUACCAGUACCUGCUGGAAAAAGGAGACUACAAGGACAGUGCCGAUUUUGGGGCCCAGCACCCCCAGAUCCAGUCUGUGCGGCGAAUCCGGGACAUGCAGUGGCACCAGCGGGGGGCUUUCCACCCCUCCAGCUAAGCCCUCCUCCUCCACCUGUCUGCCUCAGAUCGAAGGGGGGUGGAAGGGGGCC